AUGCUCGACAUUGAGAAAAUAAAGCGGGAAGAAGCCGAGUAUCAGGCUCGUGGCACAAACAUGUCAAUGGCGCCUUCUGCUACGAACAGCCCGACCAUCGCCUACCCUUCUGGUCCUCCGCCACCUUACAGUCGUCCUUCCUAUCCUGAUGCUCGCCUACCCACAGAAACCCGUCGUUCCUCGAAUGAAGACCCCUCGAACCAGGCCAACAAGCAAUCCUUGCCAUCAAUUCAUGAGGCCCUCGGCGUAGAGCAGCCAGCUCCCUACCCUCCCACCAGCCAGAGACCUUACUCGUCUGCUCCUCAGCCCCCAUACCACGCUCCUGUCACAGGGCCUUCGCCUGCUUCGCCUCUCCCUGCCAGAAGGUCUUUCGCCGCAAUGGAGCCUCCACCACCACCGCAACCCGCCGUCUUUACCCAUGGACCCCGGAGCCCUUAUGUCCAACCCCACCAGGAGAUCAGUCCUCGUCAGGUUCCCGAGCAUCAAGAUCGCCAACGAUCGGUGUAUUCAUCGCAGCCAAUUGCAUCACACGCCGGCCAAUCUCCCUUGGCUCACCAAUCGCAAUAUCCGCGUUCAUAUCCUGUCACUGCUUCUCAUGAAAGGACUGCAUCCCAUCACCUUAGUAUGCCUCCUGUUGCUCCUCCUCCUCCGUCAGCACCUCAGCAUGCUCUUCCUUACGGCUACGCUCCUGCUCCAGCUCCAGCUUCAGCUCCUGCCCCGGUCCCACCUCCAGCACCUUAUGCAUCUCAUUACACCUAUCCUUCAUCGGCGCCGCACUCCGCAGCACCCACUUCAUCUGUUUAUCAACCAUCAAUCACCCAACCUGCUCCACCUCAAAAUGGUGAACCCGGCAGAGCUGCGUUCGGCGAUUCCGUGAAACGUCAUCUGGACAUGUGGGACUUUGGAGAAGCCCUGAACGAGAUUGCCGAGUCUAGUAGCUACAUGCUGGACUUCAGUAGACAAUGUGGUGCUCGCCUGCACCAAUCUCAGAGAUCAGACCCCGCUCCAGGCAAUCUACCUCAACUACAAGAGAUAGACCACCUUAUGGAGAAAUCUCGUCGUCAACUUGAUUGUUAUGCCAAGAUGAGAGAAUUUAUAAUUGCACAGCAGACAGCUUAUUUCCAGCAAGCCCAAGAACAGCAGUCAAGAGCACAAGAGGGCAUCAAGCGUGACUCUGUCCAUCAGAACGAAGAGGCAAAAAUUGGUGGAUUUGCUGGUGCCGAGGCUAAGAAACGCAGAGGUCGCGCUGCUCCACCUGGCAGAUGUCACAGCUGUAACAGAGCUGAGACUCCAGAAUGGCGAAGAGGUCCGGACGGCGCUCGCACCUUGUGCAAUGCAUGCGGACUUCAUUAUGCCAAGCUUACAAGGAAAGCUGGAAAGAACGCGGCCGCCAUCUCCAGCUCCAAUCUUCGCCCUAAAGCCUCUGAGGAUUCGCAAAACUGA